UGUCGAUCAAUCAGACUGAACAGAGCGAUAAAACAUGUUCUCGACAUUGGAACACACCGCAGAGUCUGUGAUUUCUGGAGGUCCGCAAGACGACUCGGUGAUCUCAUCCGAUGCUUACUUCCAACACGCAAAGAUGAACAAGCACGCGUUGCGGAUCGUGAACGUUGUCACUAACAGUGAGGCUCAUUCUUUAGGGUUUGAGAGCUGGUUCGACUUUAUCAUUGGCAUCAAUGGGCAUGAGAUCCCAACUAGCUAUGACGAAUUCGGCCAAUUGAAACCAAACUAUCAGUACCUAGUGCAGGAAAUUGCCAAUUGUCAUGGUAGGUCUGUGACUUUUGAAGUUUGGAGUGCUAAAGGUGGUGCUGUCAAGUAUAUCGAGCUGCCUGUGGAGGAAUCCAACGAUAACACCAUGAGUGACGUCCCGUUGGAUGGUAAUAAAUCGGAUUUACAAUCUCGAGAGGGAUUGUACAAGCACUUUGGUUUACAAGUCCAGUGGUCACCGUUGAUCACGUCAACGUUUGUAUACCAUGUGCUGGAGAUUCACCCAAAUUCCCCAGCACAACAUGCUGGCCUCGUUGAGUACAGUGAUUAUAUCAUUGGCUCUCAAGACGGGCUGCUAGCUACUGGAGGUGAAGACCUCUUGGGUCGAGUCAUUGACAGUAAACGUGGACAGGCCUUUAUACUGUACGUUUACAACAGUGACUAUAACGUGGUUAGACCUGUGACCAUCACCCCUGCUGAUAACUGGGGAGGCGUGGGACUAUUAGGCUGUAAUGUUGGCUAUGGAUUACUACAUAGAAUCCCAUCAGUGACUGCUGGUGUUGAGCCUGGAAGUGUACUGUUUGACAACCAGUACGUUGGUUCACCAGCUCCGCAAGUGCAACAGAUCUCCCUACCAUCACCACCACCACCACACCAGUCGCUUAAGCCAUCAACUUCAAACGACGACCCAGCUCAUCCAUUUACACAGCAGAUACCACACGCCAGUAGAAAGAAGAAAACGGCUGCAGAAUUGUUAUAA